AUGAAGAAUGUGAAUUUUGUAAGGUUAACUGCAGCUAAUGGACUAAGAAUCCCCAUGCUUGGAUGCCUUGAUGUGCCAAUAACGCUGUUGGGACAGGCUUUCCCAAACAAUAGUAUGUUUGUCAUCAAGGAUGCAAUUACCACAAACCCAGGGGAGAGACUGAUCCCCAGCAUUGUAGGAAUGAACAUCCUCAAAGCGCUAACUGGACUCAUGCCUCUCUUCAGAUGGUUUGCCUUCACUCAGGAUGGGAAGGCAAUGGUGGCCCUGGUCCAAGCCAGGAUCGAAUGUCAAGAUACUGCUGGACAAGAGAGAUACAGGACUAUCACUACAGCCUAUUAUCGAGGCGCUAUGGGGUUCAUCCUGAUGUAUGAUAUCACCAGUGAAGAGUCGUUUAAUGCAGUGCAGGACUGGGCCACUCAGAUCAAGACCUAUUCCUGGGAUAAUGCACAAGUCAUUGUGGUUGGAAACAAGUGUGACAUGGAGGAUGAAAGAAUCAUUCCUCUGGAAAAGGGUAAACAUCUGGCUGAUCAGUUAGGUUUUGAUUAUUUUGAUGCCAGUGCCAAAGAGAACAUCAAUGUGAGACAGGUCUUUGAGCGCCUAGUGGAUAUAAUCUGUGAAAAGAUGUCGGAGAGUAUAGAGUCUGACCCGUCCAGAGGCAGUUCUGGGAAGAACAUGCGACUCACAGACAACCCACCGCCUUUGCAGCAGAACUGUUCCUGCUAGUGAUUUUAAUCUCUGUGAAAUCUCUCUCUCCCCUUCCCUGAACACACUUUAUCUUUUCACAUGUGAUGAUGUAUUAUCAUAUCGUCUGAAGGCUGGAGUUUCUGUUAUAGUGGAAAUGGACGUGGUUGUUAAAUGUCCUGGAAGUUUAAUGUUAAAUAUAUCUAAUACACCUAAUAUUGUAAAACAAACAAAAAACCUAAAUAAAUAUUGUUAAUAGUGUUAAUGGGUGAAUUACAUUGAAGUGUAAGAAUUUUAUAAUAUUAUAAAUGUAUUUUUAGAUUA